CACAUCACUACGGAUACAGCGACCAAAAUCACACAGCGCGAUUCCUGAACAAACCACCUAUGCACACCUUGCGACCAGAAUCACCUUUGAAGAUACGGAAACACAUUCAAGAUGCCCCCCUCAAAGAAAAGACAGACAAAUAAGGGUUCCGCCGCCAAGGAGGAAGCCGACACUGUAGCGCCAGCAAAGUCUGCUGCACCUGAAGAGACAGAAGCGACAGAACCCAGCGCGACCGCAGAAACCGCACCAGCGACAACAGAAUCAGCAGUACCAUCACAGCCCACACCGGAGGAUGCCGCGACAAAAUCACAGGACCGCAUGGCGCGGUUCAAGGCCCUCAAAGCCCGCGCCAAGAAUUCGUCCGACCAGAACCUGGAGGAAGCGACGCUCGAAUCACAACGUCUCGCAUCAGACCCCAGCCAGCUGACGGCUAUCCACCGUAAGCAGGCCGUGGCUUCGCAAAAGCUGCUCAAGGCCGACAUUGAGGAUGCCGGCGGCGAUUUUGAGCGGAAGCGCGCCUGGGACUGGACGAUUGACGAGAGCGAGAAGUGGGACAAGCACGUGAAGAAGAAGGAGGCGCACCGCGAUAACAACGCAUUCCAAGACUACACUGCCGAAAGCAACAAAGUGUACAAGCGUCAGCUAAGGAAUAUUGCCCCCGACAUGGAAAAGUACGAAAAGGACAAGAUGGCGGCCAUCGAGCGCGCCGCUGCGUCGGGCGGCCUCGACAUUGUGGAGACUGAGGACGGAGAGCUCAUUGCGGUGGACAAGGACGGAUCCUUCUACUCGACAGCCGACUCAACGACAUUCGCGCAGAACAAGCCGGACAAGGCGGCCGUGGAUCGGCUGGUGGAGGACCUCAAGAGGGCGGAGGCGAACAGACUCAAGAAGAGAAAGGACCGCAUGGCACAGAACGGCGACGAUGGCGAUGUGACGUACAUCAACGAGAAGAACAAGCAGUUCAACCAGAAGCUGGCGCGCUUCUACAACAAGUAUACUGCGGAGAUUAGGGACAGUUUCGAGCGAGGAACCAUGAUUUAAGCGCGAGCGUUUGGGAUAAAUUGAGAUGCUUUUGGAGCCAAAGGCCUGUAAAACUUGCCUGCCUAGGUAGCCCAGCUAGGGAAGAGACAAAGCGGUGCUGACCGUACAUUCCUGCCUUACCGAGCCUUCAUCCGAUCAAUUUUUCCAACACCCAAAUACACACCGGAAUGAAUCCAGAGGGAACCUGCCUUUAUAUCCCUCCUCAACUCCAUUCUUGUCAUCAUUCAGCAGGUGCCCGUCUAGGUCGAUGGGUUGGGUAAACUGGCUGGGUGGUGGAGUGGU